AUGACCACCACCAAUGGCCACAACCCGCGAAGAACGACGAUCCUCCUGGACCUCGGCGGCGUUCUCUUCCACCCGCCAGUCCAUCACACACUAGCCACGACCGGCUCCCCCGUCACACUAGGUAGAAUCAUGUCAACCGCAACGUGGAUGGACUACGAGGUGGGUAAUCUCGACGAUGAGCAGUGCUUCAACAAGCUCGCAGCCCAAUUCGGCUUCAAAGCAAGCGACCUUACAUCCAUAAUCCACAACCUCCGCGAAACAACCACCUACGACGAAGAAAUGCUGUCUACAUUCCGAACCCUCAAACAGACGCCCGGGGUGGAGAUCAUCCUCGUCUCAAACAUCUCCACCAGGGACUACGAGGCCCUGCGUAAGAUCUUUGAUGAUUCAUUCUGGUCUAUAUUCGAUCACAUCUUCACCUCGUCGAUGCUCGGUGUCCGCAAGCCAAGUCCCCGCUUCUACCGCCAUGUCCUGCGCGCCCUAAGGGUCGCACCGCAAAAUACGUUUCUUAUCGACGAUCGGCAGGAGAAUGUCCUCUCGGCGAGAUCACUUGGUAUGCGCGGGACAGCGGACCUGGUUGGUCUCCCGCGCAGACUCGCGAAUCUAGUCGGCGACCCCGUUGAGCGGGGCAUGGCGUUUCUGCGGAAGCAGGCGGGAGAGUUUCCGUCUGUUACGCCGGAGGGGGUGCUGAUUGAAGAGAAUUAUGCACCGCUUUUGAUUCUGGAGGUGAUGAAAGACCGAAGCCUGGUUACUCUGAAGCAACCACCGCGAUUGUGGAACUUCUUCUCGGGGACGCCCAAGUAUACCACCAAAGUAUACCCCGAUGACCUGGACACGACCUCGCUCGCUCUGAGCACCCUCCACUACGAGCAAGACCUCGCACACUCGAUCCUCGACGAGAUGCUCGACUACGUCGAUGAAGAUGGCUUCGUGCAGGCCUACACUGACAAAUCCCGCCCGCGCGUCGACGCAGUAAUAGCCCUCAACGUCCUGAUCGCAUUCCACACCUUCAACCGCGGCUACGAGCUCCCACAGACCUUCGACUGGAUGCACAACAUCCUCACGCACCGCGCGUACAUCGACGGGACGCGCUACUACCCGACGGCAGAAUGGUUCCUGUAUUACCUCAACCGCCUCCUCGCCGCGUCAAACGAUGCACUCUUGCGCGAGAGACUCGAACCACUGCUAAAGACGCGCGUCCUCGAGCGCGUCGGGGUCGCCGGGGAUGCGUGCUGUCUCGGGAUGCGGUUGCUGACCUGUCGGCUUCUGGGGAUAGAGGAUUACCAGGAUCGGGAGCGGCUGGUCGAGAUGCAGCAUAUGGACGGCGGGUGGGAGGCGUCGUGCAUGUAUCGCUUCCGGUCCGAGGGCAAGGAGAUUGGGAAUCGGGCCGUUGCGACGGCGUUUGCGGUUGCUGCGUUGGGAGGGGGUGCGGUGGAGGUGUAG